AUGUUCGGUAUAAAUAUGGAAGAUUCUGUGAACACAGACAAGACGGAGAAGCAGGAAAAGUCCAGUGAGAGUCAGACCUUGGUUCAAGACGUGACAAUGGCAGCAUGGGUGCCCUCUUUCCUCUGUGCCUUCGCGGUUCUCUCGCUUUCCUCUGCAUGUUACAUCCAGAACUGCCCCAGAGGAGGGAAGCGCUCGUUUCCGGAUGCCGUCCCCAGGCAGUGUAUGGCGUGCGGUCCUGGAGAUAAGGGCCGCUGUUUUGGCCCCAAUAUCUGCUGUGGAGAAGGACUGGGCUGCGUGAUGGGAUCUCCAGUGACGGCUCGCUGUUUGGAGGAAGAAUACCUGCCCUUGCCGUGUGAGGCUGGAGGAAAACCGUGUGGACCUGACGAGGGUCGCUGUGCUGCACUUGGGGUUUGCUGCGACUCAGAUGGUUGUACACUGGAUUCAGACUGCGUGGAGGGGAGUGAACACGAAGACGUGGCUGAAAGGAAGAACUUCCUGGGCGGGUCGCGGGGAGAGCUGCUGUUGCACAUCCUCCAUCCCGGCAGGGCACGCAGUCCAUACUAAACUCCUUUAACACACACACACACACUCACUCAUAUACACUCACACAGUGUAUUAGUGACUCGCGAUCGGUGUAGUGACAUUGUAGAUCUGUUUAUCCACACGAUUUACUCCGAAACACACACAAACGAUGAAUUUAUGAGUUUCUGCUCGGUCAAUCUUCACUGUAUGCAGCAAUGUGCUGCAGUAUGUUGAAAUGCUUAUAUGGAAAUAUGCACUGUACAUCUAUCUACAUAGAGUGUAAAUACAGUAUAUAGAUAAUAAAACUGCUCUUGAACUGUUA